AUGGCGUCGGCUUACAUACUCGUCGUCUACUUCCUAGUAGUUCUCCUCGCCGGUAUUCAACUCAAACAGAAGAUCAAGGCUCUCAAGUCUCCUCUGAGGAAACUGCCUGGGCCAUGGCAAUAUCUGGAAGUCUGGAUCUCCGAUAAGGAGGCCAUGAAGCAGAUCUUGGUCAAGACGGACCUUCCCAAAGUUGCCAUGUAUGCCGAAAUCUCCAGAGACAAGUUCAGUCCCGGGCUCUUUGGCGAGAUUCGCCAAGAGCCGCACAGGCGCCUCAAGCGUUUCUUGUCUCCGGCGUUCACGGUCAACUAUAUUGACAACCUUGAGAUAUUCUUUAAGAGCACUGUUCGCGACGUCCUCAACAAGUACCAGACGCAGAUCAACGAGGAUCCGGUAUACCAUGCAAAGAAGGGUAUCGAGGUUGAUUUGAUGGACGAUCUUCACAACGUGGCCCUUGACAUCAUGGGAGAGUGUUCAUUCGGCAAGGGGUUUGGACAGACCAAUCCCGAUAGCUUGAUCGAAGAUGGAACUGUAUACGUCAAGAAAUUCUUCCGCGCCCUGGGAAUCGACUUGCAAUUCGACUGGCCUGCCGAGAUGAUCACUGCAAUCGAUGCCGUAGUGCAACGACGUAAGCGCACCUCGGACGUCGAGCGCCGAGACCUGCUCCAGCACCUCAUCGAAGAGGGUAAAAAGCCUGACACUGGCACCAGCAUGUCUGCCCGCGAUAUUGUCGACCAGAUGGCAGAGAUCCUCCUCGCCGGUUCCGAGACAACAUCUGGUACCAUCGGCUGCCUCUUCCUCGAGCUCGCCCAUAACCCCGAAGUCCGCGCCAAGCUUUUGGCCUCCCUUCCGUCCAAGGGCUUCGGCGACGAAAUUGUGACUAGCAAAUCAGUCCGCAACGAGGAGGAAUACGAGUAUCUCGAGGCCUGCAUCAAGGAGAAUCUUCGCUUGCACCCCAUUGCAUCCGAGAUGGGCCGCCGCACCGGCAACCAGUGGAUCAACCUCUGUGGCUAUGAUCUGCCGCCUCACACCGUAGUUUCGGCUUCGUACCGCGAUCUUCACCGCAAUGAGGCUUUCUGGCCCCAGGCAGAACGGUUCUGGCCCGAGAGGUGGCUAUCAGAUGACAAGAGAGACGGGGCACCCGCACCUGAUAUGGACGCGUACUAUCCCUUUUCUGGAGGCAAGCAUUCGUGCAUUGGCAUCAACUUUGCGUGGGCCGAGAUGAGAAUGGUUGCCGCCAACCUGCUACAAAGAUUUGAUGUGCUCGAAGUUCCGGGUCAAGAAAUAGACUUCCGCCAGUACAUCACCAUGCAGUUUGCAACUGGUCACUGGAAAGUUGUUCUCAAGCCGAGAAACUGA